AUGCCGUUAAAUAAUGAAAACAACUUUUUCUACCAUUCGGUCCAACAUUUGUCCCGAUCUUUGGCCAAAAUCAAUGCACUUUCCGCUCAAAAGUUGAAUGUCUUGUUCUCGUUGUGUCCGUCGGCGGAGACAACUGAUGGCCAGUUAGUGAUCGACCAAAGAGGACAGGACUCUGUCAUCGCUCUUAUCAUAUAUUUAAUUGAAUCACAAUUUCAGCACAAACAGCUUAUAAUCACGUAUUUAUUGAAAUUAUUAAACAAUCUAAAAGACGCCCUCUUUUCCGAUAAUAUAAAACUCCACGAAUCGGACCGUAUACCGAUUGCCGAGAGAUUCAGUUUCUGUCUGAACACCGGUCUGUCAGACAUCGCGUACUUCUGUCCCGAAUAUUCUGACCACAUAUUAAGCGAACAAAUCGUUUGUUUUGAAUCUCUCACUUCACUAAUACUCGACGCCAAACAAGUUGUAAAUGAAGACAAUUCGCACAAAAUCACAUUUUGUCACUCAAUUGUUCCCAUUUAUAUUGGUUUGUGUCGAGCGUUGGGCCGAACGCCAAAUGACGGCCACAAUACACCGCUAUUCCUGCGUCUAUUCCCACCGCCAUCUCUGCCCCCGAAGACCGAUGAGUCUCAACACGAUUCUAGUAAAGACCUCACCGACAGCUCAAUCAAUGUUUCCAGAGGUCUAUCGAAGAAGAAUACGAUUCCUAAUCUGCAGAAAUUAUUUCCCCGUUCUUUCUCGAGUCUGUCGGCAAACCCGACGUGGAGUUCGGGUCUUAGCGGACACGACACGGCCGCCGACGCCCUAUCUGUUGGCGGUAUGAGUGCUGUGAACAAAGGCUCCUUCCAGAGCCAGAUCUCGACUUAUAGCCAAUUUACUGAUACGGCUAAUGAAACGCGUUAUUUGUUCUUUAAAUACGGCACUUGUUUUGCCGAUUUGCCCAAAACAUUCACAUGUGAAGUGCAGGAGUUUAUUAAAUGUCUAUUCCUUUCGGGCCAAACGGAAAUCAUGAAUAAGCCGUCGUCUGAUUUCCAGAAUUGCAUAUAUAAUAGUCUUAAACUCAAUGUGCAAACGAACGCCGCGUGCAUUGAGCUGUUGGUCUGGUCGUCGAGCGAUGAGAUCGCGGCCGACGCCCUCUGCACUCGACUCAACGAAAAGAUUAACACAUCGCACGGCCACCGACUGGUGAUCGCACACAUGCCGUUGCUUAUGGUCUGUUUGGACGGUUUGGGCAAAUUGGCAGAAAAAUUCCCCACAAUAUCGGCCACUUGUAUCGCGUCGUUGCGGGACUUUCUGAUACUGCCGUCGCCUAUAUUAGUGCGCUUAAGUAAACAACAGAUUGACAUUCAGGGCUCGAGCGGUCAGUUCAGUAUAACGGUGUCGUCGGAGCCUAAUUUGACCCUUAAAUCGGGCACAAACUUCUCCUCUUCGGGAAACACUCACAUCUCUCAAGUGUACACCAAAUUGAGAAACAGUGCGAUCGAUAAUCUUUGUGUCGCUCUCAGGGCUGGCCUUCAAGUGGAUCCGCACUGUAUUCAGGCGGCGAUCGCUUCGGUGUCCAACCGUUUAUACCAAUCGGAAAAGAGUGACUCGGAGUCGAAUCUGGUGUCGAUGAACACAAUCAUAGCGUUAGGUCGGGUGGCGUUCACUCUCUGCGAUAUUCCCCGUGCGAUGGAAUCGAUUCUUCAGUUCUUUCAGCAACGCUUUUGUCGUCCGGCCUCUCAUUUAGACUCUUUGAUUGUGGAACAGUUGAGCGAAAUGGUUAUCGUCAGCGACUGUAAUCAACACGUCUACGAAGAAGUGAUGAAAAUGUUUACAGUGAUUACCAUUCAGUCGAGCGCUGCCUAUAAUGUGGGCAAUACUGACGAACGGAACCGCUAUCGACACGUCUCUCUCGCAGUGAUCAAUGCGUUCACUAAUAUUGCCAACAGAAUCGAUAACCAGACGGAACAGCUCGACCUAUUGGUCCGACUGUUAGAACUGUUUGUUCAGUUAGGACUCGAGGGUAAGAGAGCUAACGAGAAGAAUCCCGCGGGCGCUAAGGCAUCGAGUAGUGCGGGAAAUCUGGGUGUUUUGAUACCAGUGAUCGCUUCACUGAUGCGUCGAUUACCGUAUAUCGAAAACCCGAAACCAAGACUUCACAAACUGUUCCGCGACUUCUGGCUCUACUGUGUUGUGCUGGGCUUCACUUCGGGCACGUGUUUGUGGCCGCGCGAGUGGUAUUGCGGGGUUCGAGAGAUCGCCUCGAAGUCACCAUUGCUUAAAUCGCGGGAACACUUGCGCUCAGAAUUGCACUUCAAUUCCGCCAUAAGGAACGAAGCGGUGUCUGGAGUGGAACUCCAAGAGAUCAGGAAUCAGUUGAUCUCCGAUUUGAACCACUCAUCGGAAGCGACUUCCAUCAUAAAUAAGCUGACGUUCGCGCAGAUCACGUACCUCUUGUCGGUGUGCCGUUUGGAGACAUUCCGCGCCCAUAAUCUGAUCCCUGGUAUGAAUCCAUUUGACGUAAUGAUGCAAUACUUGGAGGACACGACCAUUCAGAAGGACAAAGACGGCAUUUGGCAGUGCAUUAUGUGUAUCGCCGACAAAGUAGUGGUCAACGUAUUCUUGGAUAUUAUGUCGAAAAAGCCGAAAAACAAAUUGCGUGAUAACGAACUCGAAGAAUACGCGAUUCUACUUCUGGUGAAGUUUAAUCACAGACAGAAACAGAUCCGAAGAGUAGCCGACAGAUAUUUGAGCGCUUUAGUGGACAAAUUCCCACACCUUUUAUGGAGUGGUAAAGUGUUGACAACAAUGUUAAACAUUCUUCAAGUGCUCGCCAGUGCUCUCGAGUUGAAUCCAAACGAAGCCAAUCCAGAACUUCUGGUUCCCGACACUGAUUACUGCAUCCAAUUAACUGAUACUAUGGAAGCCCGAGAGAGUAUUGUGCGAGACUUUGGCGCCCGAUGUCAGGGCAUAAUACAGGAGGCGUCUAAAUGGGCGCCCAAUAUAACCCGGUCUCACCUUCAAGAAUAUCUGGCAAAUAUGGAACACGCGAUGAGUGGUAUUCAACGGCAUUCGGGCCUCUCUUUGGUGGUCGAGUCGAUGGCUUCGUUUGCGGGCAAUAAUACCAAUUGGAGUCCACUCUCUGUCACUACUUUAGAUAAUUUGCCAAAUUUUAUAAAAAACAAUUCCUCGGAAUUCAUCGCAUCGAUGAGUCUUCGGACACAUUUCGCGGGCGAAGUGUCGGGAAUGCUCUCCAGUUAUAAAUCAAAUAAACAAAACGAACACAAAUUGGCUGAAAAGCUAAUCAAUGACUUGAAAGAGACGUCCAUUGAGAUGGCUAUUAAAGCACAUCAGGAAUGCGUGUAUAAAAUCACUGCUUUACUCAUCGCUACACCGGUUUGCGACCGAAAGUUAGUGCACGCCUUGUGUUGGGCGCCCGUAUUCUUCUUCUCGGAGGACACCAUUGCGAGCGUCAUAUCGUGUUGGAAGUGGUUAUUGGCCGCGCGCUCUGACUUAGAGUCUAAGUUUAUCGAAGAGAUGGCCUCCGCGUGGAAUGCGACCAUUGAUAGGAAAUUAGGUCUUUUCGCAACAGAUCCGCCGCAAACUGAUCCGUUGACAUCGAGUUCUAACGUUGUUCUCAAACCAAACCCUCCUUACAUCGGAGGUCACGGCCUUUGGGUUAAAUUUUUGACGGAGAGAAUAGAGAUCGCGAAAUACAGUUCUUUAGAUCAGAUCGAAAUAUUUGCCAAUCUAUUGCACCGAUCGCUUCACAUAUCCGUCGGUCGCACUCAUCACAGCUCCAGACAUAUCGCUACCAUUGGUUCCCGGUUUAGACUAUUGAAUUGUGGCCUCUCUUUAGUACAGUUUGAUAUUCUGCCCAAAUCUAUAAGUAAAUCAGUUUUGAGAGAACGAGUUUAUUCGGCAGCCAUUGACUACUUUUGUGGACCACAACUCUCUCCUUCGCAAAAGAGCGCCGAACUUAAAGAAGAUAUCACUUCUUUGAUCCGUUUUUGGCAAAGUCUUCAUUCGGAUAAGAAAUACUUGAAAUCGUCGUUUUUGAACGACGGUCUUUGGCCCGAACCGCCGCAGACACAGAUGUUAGCCGGUGUUAGUCCUGACCUGAGGGCCAGUUCUGAGUUCAAUCAAAGCCGUAUCAAUACACCGACCGCUUGGAUAAACACCGUUCCGUUGAAUAGCAAUAUGUCGACCAUAUCUAAGCGCUCGUCGGGUUUCAAAGGCUCGAUAUCGACCAAAAACAGAGAGAAUUCAAUAUUUGUUGACUAUUUCGUUAAGGAUUACGUGAGGAAAAGGAACUUAAUUCUCAGUUUAUUAGCUCUGGAGAUAGAGCUGUUGAUGACGUGGCACAACCCGACCGCCGCACCCGAAGCCACCAUUCAGGGCGAAGAGACCAUUUCUAAAUGGCGUAAUCAACCCAUCACUGAACGCACGUGGAAAGAGACAGCCCGACUCGCGUGGGAAAUAUCACCGACGCUGGCCGUAUUCCUCCCCUGCAGAUUUAAGAAUUCCGAUGAGAUUAAAGACGAGAUCUCGCGUUUGGUUCGCUUGAAUCCAAUAGUUGUUUGUCAUAUUCCGGAAGCGCUUCAGUAUUUGGUCACAUCUGAAAGCAUUUUACACGACUCGCCAGAGUUGACUCAUAUGCUCACCUGGACUCCAGUCUCGCCAAUACAAGCGCUGUCCUACUUCUCUCGUCAAUACCCUCCGCAUCCGAUCACAGCUCAGUAUGCGAUACGAAAUCUCAUCAAUUAUGAUCCGAAUGUGAUAAUGUUUUGCAUUCCACAACUGGUUCAAGCGGUUCGUUACGAUAGCAUGGGAUAUAUAUCGCAAUUCAUACGAUGGGCGGCCACGACAUCGCAACUACUGUCCCAUCAGUUGAUAUGGAAUAUGCAAACCAAUAUGUAUAAGGAUGAGGAUCAACAGGAACCCGACCAGGAUUUAUAUGAACCCCUCGAACACAUCACUAAUACAAUAGUGGACUCACUCUCGGGACCGGCCAAAGAAUUCUACGAAAGAGAGUUUGACUUUUUCGGCAAAAUAACUGCCAUUUCUGGAGAGAUUCGCAAUUAUCCCAAAGGGAAAGAGCGAAAGGAAGCGCUUUUGAAAGCUCUUCGCAAAAUAAAGGUUCAGUUGGGCUGCUAUUUGCCAUCAAAUGCCGAGGCAUUGGUCUUAGAUAUCGACCCCGAAAAGGGAAUUCCACUGCAAAGCGCAGCAAAAGCGCCGUUUUUGGCACGUUUUAAGGUAUCGCUGUGUGGAAGCGAUCAACUCGAACGACUGGCCAUGUCUUCCGACACUAAUAAUACCAAUAAUCACAAAAUGUCUUUAGGCGUAGAGCUAUGGCAGGCGGCCAUCUUUAAAGUGGGCGAUGAUGUCCGACAAGAUAUGUUGGCGCUUCAGAUCAUCGGUUUAUUCAAAAACAUAUUCCUCAAAGUGGGAAUCGAUGUCUUUCUAUUCCCAUACAAAGUGAUCGCCACAUCUCCCGGUUGUGGAGUAAUAGAAUGCGUGCCGAACGCCAAAUCCCGGGAUCAAUUGGGUCGAGAAACCGAUAUUUCUCUCUACGAUUACUUCCUUAAGACAUAUGGCGACGAGUCUUCCAAUCGGUUUCAGGAGUCGCGCAGAAAUUUUGUCAAAAGUAUGGCCGCCUAUAGUGUCAUCGGAUUUCUGCUUCAAAUCAAAGACAGACACAAUGGAAACAUAAUGAUCGAUAGGGACGGACACAUCAUUCAUAUCGAUUUUGGUUUUAUGUUUGAGAGUAGUCCGGGCGGGAACUGGGGCUUCGAGCCGGACAUUAAACUAACGGACGAAAUGGUGUUAGUAAUGGGCGGCAAAAUGGAGGCGCCGACGUUCAAGUGGUUCCAGGAGUUGUGCGUUCAGGCAUAUCUCGCUGUCAGGCCAUACCGGGAACCCAUCGUAUCGUUGGUGUCGCUCAUGUUGGACACGGGUUUGCCCUGUUUUAGAGGCCAAACAGUGAAGCAAUUGAGGGCCCGAUUCGCGCCUAACGCCAGCGAAAAGGAGGCGGCGGUCUAUAUGUUGAAGAUUAUUCGGGACUCAUUCCUCAACUUCCGUACGCGUACUUACGAUAUGAUUCAAUACUAUCAAAAUCAGAUCCCAUACUAAUUGUUAACUUUAGGUUUUUAAUCGAUAAGUAUUUUAUAGUCUAUUAAUUGAGAUUAAUUUGUAAUGCAUUC